CAUGGAAGGUACCUUGUGGAAAUGGACGAAUUACUUCUCAGGUUGGCAGCCACGAUGGUUCGUAUUGGAUGAUGGUAUACUGUCAUAUUACAAAUCACAGGAGGAUGUCAACAGCGGAUGUAAAGGUUCAAUCAAAAUGACAGUCUGUGAUGUUGUUGUUCAUCAAACUGACAAUACCAGGCUGGAUUUGAUCAUCCCUGGAGAGCAGCAUUUCUACGUGAAGGCAGCCACACCACAAGAACGACAACAAUGGUUGGUUGCCUUGGGAAGCUCCAAAGCCUGUACAGCCAAUGGCACACCUCCAGCUGAUACAGGUGAGCUGUCACCUGACAACCUGAGAACAAAAAAGUCUGAGCUGCGACUGUACUGCGAUGUGUUGAUGCAGCGGGUGCACGCAGUGAAGACGGCAGCCACAGCCAGUGACACGCCAGAUAUUGAGCAACUUGAUGAUGCCACCUCAUUACUGAGCGCCACAUGUGAUGCUUUCAUACAAACGCUAGAGGACUGUAUGAAGCUUGCCCAUGCCAAGAUUGUCCACCACACCCCACUCACUCCACAGUCCCCAGGGUCAGCACUACCCCCCAGCCCACUUAGAGUCUCACAUAAAAAAUCAUCGAGAAAUUCAGUACACAGAUCAAGUUCAUCAGAAAGUGUAAGUGCCAUGAGACAGAGGGGGGAAAGUCAGUCGUCAUACUCACGUCAAUCUUCACGCUCGUCUGUCAAUUCCGAAACCUCGCAACAGCCCUCCCCCAAACCCUCCCUAAACGCCAUUGCUGAUGAUGAGUCCAGUAAAGAUAUCGUCCAAUCCAACGCAUCUUCAAAACACAACUGUAGCUCACAUCCAGAAGAGAGUGUGGUUUCCAUAGCUACGAACAGAAUACCCACGUUUUUUAGCAACAUGUCAAGCAGUUUUGUGGACAUUCGGUUUCAAGAAGACGGUGAGAUUCCUGUGGAGCAUUUUCUACAAAGUUGCCAAAGUCUUGUCCCCUUGUUUGACUGUUUACAUGGUACAGCGUUUGCCCCGGUUAAAAUGGAUUAUAUAGGAAAUAUUCGGGUCAUUGGAGUUAAACUUGCAAUUGUUCAUCAUUUUCUCAUGUCAUUGGAGUUAAACUUGCAGCUGUUUACCAGUCAUUGGAGUUUAUUCGCAUGCUUCUGCAGGAGGUUAAGUGAUGGACAAGAGGAGUUAUUGACCUGCAUUACAAAUGCGUAUGGGAAAACACUAAGGAACUAUCACAGCUGGGUGGUAAGGGGCGUCUUUGCGUUGGCAGUGAAGGCUGUUCCAUAUCGUGACCAGUUCAUUAAAAAACUUGCCAUUGAUGAAAAUGAUGCAGAACAUCCAGAGUUUCACAAACUUCUCUAUUGCGAUAUGGAUGAAUAUAUCACAGCUUUGGAUGUUUUGCUCAAAAUCCUACAAGACUUUUACUCUGCAAAUGAUCUGGACGAUGAAGAGAAAGUUUGAAAGUGAAAGUUAAAUGUUUCAAAAGUGAAAGUGAAGUUGAGAUGUGAAAAUAAAGGAGAACAGAAAGUUUCUCAGUACAGUUUGAAUGUGAAAUCAAAGGUUCAGGUACGGUACAGGAUUCCAGGUGACAGUACAAAGGAAAGCUUAUUUUGCAUAUUUGAUCGGGAGAAUCUAAUUUUAACUCGGGAGUUAAAUAAUUUGCCUUACUUCUUGAUCAUAUGCAUAUAUCGAUGUACAAAUGGUUAUGUUUGUAAAUAGAACUAUUUAUCUGUUACGAGUGCUAGAAGGACCUUAGCUUCUUGUUUGAUUUAGCAGGUAUGGUCUUGUGGAUGAUCUUCUGGGCUUGCUGCCAUUUUGCUCUGACAAUAAACAAUGUAGCAGUUGUAAUUGUUCAUCACAGCAUAAUGGGGCGUACAGUACAUAAACAAAACCACAUGGUUAUUUAUGCCUAAUUAUAA